AUGCUGCUCUCUGCUGUGGAGCGGCUCGUGUCCGCCAUGUUGGAGGAGUUUAAACUAACGGCGGGAACUGAAAUCUGCCGAAAACUCAAAGAAGAAGAAGAGACUGAGCUACCUGGUGAUGGCCGACUCUUCACCCGUCGCUGUUUAAACAAACGUCCAGCGAGUUUCGCCAAAGACGCCCAGGAUCCUUCAAGAUGGCCUUCGCCGCCACUCUGGAUGUCACGUAUACCUUUAAUAACAACGACUUGUCUUUUGUUUCAGACAUCCAGAGAGAUCAAAGUAUCUGGAGCCAUCGGACCGUGUGUGUCUCUGAACGCUAAAGGACCCUGUGUCUCAGAGAACGAGAUAGGAACAGGAGGAACGUGUCAGUGGAAGAUCUGUGGUCUGGAUCCGAGCACCACGCUGGCUCUGUACUUUGAAGUGGUCAACCAGCACAACGCUCCGAUCCCUCAGGGCGGCCGCGGAGCAAUCCAGUUUGUUACUCAGUACCAACACGCAUCAGGACAGAGACGCAUCAGAGUCACUACCACAGCCAGGAACUGCGACGCUCAGACUCAGAUCCAGAGCAUCGCGGCGUCCUUUGAUCAGGAGGCGGCGGCCAUCUUGAUGGCGAGGUUGGCGGUGUUCCGGGCGGAGACGGAGGAGGGGCCCGAUGUCCUCCGCUGGCUGGACAGACAGCUCAUCAGACUGUGUCAGAAGUUUGGAGAUUACCACAAAGACGAUCCAAACUCCUUCAGGUUCUCUGAGACCUUCUCGCUCUACCCUCAGUUCAUGUUCCACCUGCGGCGCUCUCCGUUCCUGCAGGUGUUCAACAACAGUCCAGACGAGAGUUCAUAUUACAGACAUCAGUUCAACAGACACGACCUGACACAGGCACUCAUCAUGAUCCAACCGGUGCUCUACGCUUACUCCUUCAACGGACCGCCAGAGCCGGUACUGUUGGACAGCAGCAGCAUCCUGCCAGACAGAAUCCUGUUGAUGGACACUUUCUUCCAGAUCCUCAUCUACCACGGAGAGACUGUAGCCCAGUGGAGGAAGGCGGGUUAUCAGGAGAUGACCGAGUACGAGAACUUCAGACACCUCCUUCAGGCUCCGGUGGACGACGCUCAGGAGCUGCUGCAGACUCGCUUCCCAAUGCCCCGAUACAUCGACACGGAGCACGGAGGCAGCCAGGCUCGUUUCCUGCUCUCCAAAGUGAACCCGUCUCAGACUCACAACAACAUGUACACCUGGGGACAGGAGUCUGGCGCUCCGAUCCUGACGGACGACGUCAGCCUGCAGGUGUUCAUGGAUCACCUGAAGAAACUGGCGGUCUCCAGCGCCGCCUGACCCCGCCCACGCCAUCUGACCCCGCCCACGCCACCUCCUCUUUCUGUCUGUUGCUUUGCAUUCGCUGCCUGAGUUCCCAUGACAACCAGUCGACCAACUAAUCAACAAGCACAGCCAAUCAUGAUGCAGGUUAGACAUCGGAAGCUGCUGCGUCACAUUUCUACGUCUAAAAUACAUAAUAUAUUAUUAUAUAUAUAUAUAUAUAUAUAUAUAUAUAUAUAUAUAUAUAUAUAUAUAUAUAUAUAUAUACACACUAUAUUAUAUAUUAUCCCUAAUUAUAAUAAUAAUAAUAAUAAUGUUUAAAUGAAACAAUCGGAGUCACAGUUUGAAGUGACUCAACAACAUCUUUCAUAUUCUUUAAGAUUUAGACAUUAAAAUCUGUUUAUUGUCGUUACACGUCA